CCUCUGAUAGAACUGAUGGUUAAUUGUUCUGUUUGUGAACUGUUCACAUACACAUACAUCUGCUCACCCACUGAACUGAACUGAACUGAAGGACCAGCUGUGUUUGACAGGACACUUGGACGACAAGUUGGAAGUGUCUAAGAUGUGGCUGAUGGCUGUUUCCAUCUCUCUGGUUCCUGUCGUCAUCAUGGUUUCCAGUUGUUUUCGUGUUAAAGUGUGUUCCCUGUGCCAUCGAGCUCAGGCCUGGGCUCGGUGGCUGAUCUGGGGGAGGGUCUGUGUGAGGAGCACCUAUGCCUUUGUAUUCUCCAACUGUACCCACGGCAAACCUGACAGCGUCCUGGAGACCUUUGACCUCUACUCGAAAAUGUACCCAUCUGUCUGCAUCGGCCCACAAGUUGGUGAGGUGUUGGAUGAUGUGAUGAGGCGUGUUGGUCCUUCCAUGGUCCUGGAGCUGGGGAUGCAUUGUGCUUAUAGUUCUGUCCGCCUGCUUCGUCUGCUGCCCCCCGGUGGCAGACUAAUCACAGUGGAGAUAGACCCAUUCACAGCUGAUCUAGGGGAGGAAAUUAUACUUGUGGCAGGCUUCAAAGACCAGUUUCAAGUGUUGCCACUGAGUUCAGGUGAGGCCAUCCUAUCAUUACGUGAACUUUUAGCACCUCAAAAAGGGGGUUUCAGUCUGGUGCUGAUGGACCAUGACCCUGUGCUGUACCUUAAAGACCUGCUGAGCCUUGAAGCUGAGGGGCUCCUCUGUCCAAUUGGGUGCUCUAUCAUCCUGAUCCACAGAGACCGGAGAGCUGACAGUGUCAAAAAUAUCCUGGAUUACAUCAGAACUAAAGCACAAUGCUACCAGAUCAAGACUGAGAUCCAGAUUAUGACUGAGAUCUGCUAUAAAAGUGCAGGCACAAUGGUAGAGUGAGUAGUAAAGUCUAUAGCACUAUAUGUGUGCAUUUGGUAUUUUAUGAGCCAAUAGUGUUUCUACAUCAUGUUUGUUACUUCAUCUCUUAUGGUUAGUUUGUAGAUGAAAAAUGUGUGCCAAAUAAAAAAAGAUAUACUG